AUGACUAUCAGCCUUGAUAACAUUAGCUUCUACUCUCAACCCCCUCCUGCAAAACCUCCUCCAUGUACCUUCCCUGUUUCCUGCUGGAAGCCAUAUGAGACUCCUCUUGCCUCACGAGCCAUUUCGCGUGCACUUCCACCCAGGGCGCCUUCCCCUAGGACGACGAUUACCCUAGCUUCUGAUACUAGACCAGAUGUGUCCCCGCAAUCCAGGGCUCCUGCGAGAGAAGACAAUGAUUUGCGUGCCGUUUGCAAUGAAUUUGAUAUCGAAUUAGAGAGGAUCGUUAGGGCGCAAAACUACCAGGUCACGCGAGAGGCUGAUUUGACCUUGCAUCGCGACUUAGGGCUCCCAAACGGAGAUGAUUCCGAUGGGCCUCAAGACCAGUGCACGUCUUCGGUUCCAGAGCAUCCAGACCAGUGCCCUUUCGUAGAGUCUGUUAGUGACUCAGACCCGGCUUCUAUAGCAGCAAAACCAGAUUUGCAUCAUUUUGGUCCGCCCUUUGACCCAACCGAAAAGCUUGAAUUGCAUCGAGACAGUACUCCGCUGUUAGGAGCCUGCUACGAGACCAAGAAUGAUUCUACUUCAUCCGAAGUCAGCUUUCCUUCUACUCGUGCAUCGCCUUCACCAUCGCCGGAUAUUCUGGAAAGUGCACGGCAUCCUCAAGCUGGGCCUGUCGCUGGAGUCGUCACGGGACACGAAUCAGCCGCGGAUGACACCAAGGCUGGGCCAGAAAGUUCCGGAGACCGGGCGGAAGGCCAACGGGAUGGGAUGAUCUUAGUUCAAAGUGUGCAGACUAGUAGCCCCUCGGUCAAAGAGGCUGGUCUGGGAAAUUAUGAAACAAGCAGGCUCACCGAGGAGAGUCAAGCGACUGUACUUGACAGGUUCGGACCGCGAAUUCGUCCGCUCGAGCAAUCGAAAGGCCCUUUAACUCACGCCCGUUUCCUUCGUCCGCAACCAAGUACAGACGCGGCCUGGUCAAAGCGAUUGCCUACCGUUUCAGUGCUCAUCCCAGCCCGUCGAACCGAUGACUUGGUUUCAAGUACCAAGACGAAUCCUCCAACUGGAGCACGACGUUUCCGUCGUCGGGGCGGCGGCGACAGUAGCAAUCUUCACCACGAUCGGGCAACACGCGCACUGACAGGGGAAGAUUCACCACUUUCAGGGGGAUCUAAUUCUAAGACAAGAGGACGCCCACGGAAGAGACCGAAGAGGGCCACGGAAAACACCUCAGCCUCGACCAAUGAACAAUUCCCAAAUCCUUCAGUGGGUGGUUUAGACGUCGCCCUGGGUAAAACUCAAGAGAUCUUCGGACGCGGGAUUCUUCGUAUUCAAGCUCACGGUCCUCGGCAUGUCUUUUUUAUGUCGUUCCUUCCAGAGGAGCCCCACCAGCCAUCUAUACCAACUACCUUUGAAGACGAGGAAGAGAAUUCCCGCUCUCGGGACUCAGGCGAGCCUGCGCAUUGUGAAAACGAAAUUGGCAACCAGUAUUCAGAGCAACCUUCCCAGAAAGGGUCCCGCGCUGGGAAAUCAACCGGGCGAGCCCAAGCCCUGUCUAAGGACGACCAACUUCUGAUUGAAUUGAAGGAAGAGCGGAGCUUGCCAUGGAAGCGAAUCGCAGAGUAUUUCCCUGGAAGAUCUGUAGGUUCUCUACAGGUGCGCUAUUGUACACGCCUCAAGGGCCGCAAGGCUGGAAAUUCUGGGCGGUCUGGGCGCAAUUCCAACGUGACAAGCGGAUCCUCGUACAGAGGCACAUCCUGCGAGGCAGUUCAAGCCGCGGAUGAGGCUAGUCCACUAGUGUCCAGCACCUUUAGCAUGUUGGGUCGAGUUGAACGUUAUACCACGUUUCAAAUCGGCAUCCAUCAAACAGGCGCUGCUUCAUCCUUUGUGAACGUUCUCAUCCCGAUCGGGGCGAUUGGCCCAAAGAGCUAG